AUGGUGAUGGACGUGCUCAUUGUGGGAGCACUUGGAGCCUGGGACCCCAGCAACAAGAGUGUCCUGCAUGCCUGCCGCAUCUCCCACCACUACGCCAAGCUGAUGCCAUCCACUGGUCUGACGCCAUCCGCUGGUUCUGAAACAUCUACAUCAAGCACAUCAUGGGCCAGCGCCACGCCUCCGCCUCCACCCCCCAAGCAGCAGCCGCCGCUGCCCGGCGCCGGGGCAGCCGCGGGGGCCGGCGCGGCGGAGCCCGAGCUCGUGUCCCGCAUCGUCAGCCACCUCAAGAGCCAGGGUCUGUUCGACCAGUUCCGCCGCGACUGCCUGGCUGACGUGGACACAAAGCCUGCCUACCAGAACCUGAGACAGCGCGUGGACAACUUCGUUUCCAACCACUUGGCGACUCACACCUGGAGUCCUCACCUUAACAAGAACCAGCUGAGGAACAACAUCAGGCAGCAGGUUCUCAAGUCUGGAAUGUUGGAAUCUGGAAUUGACAGAAUUAUUUCUCAGGUUGUGGAUCCAAAGAUCAAUCAUACAUUCAGACCUCAGGUGGAAAAAGCUGUCCAUGAGUUUUUAGCCACUUUAAAUCACAAGGAAGAGGCUGGUCCCAGUACAUCUCCAAGCGAAGAAAAAGCAGACGCUUCUAUCACUGUACAAGGUGUUUCUACUGCUGCUCCCAGUGCUAGUGUAGCUAGUGAUGCCAUGUCCAUUUUGGAAACAAUUACUUCUCUUAACCAGGAAGCAAGUGCUGCCAGAGCUUCAACAGACAGUACAAAUUCCAAGAAUAAUGACAGGUCUGCAAAAAGACUCCCAUCUCAACACGGUAUUGACGGUAGUACAGAAAGGGAGCGAAAUUCAGAGGACUUGCCAGACAGAGAGCGAGUUAUUUGUGAUCCUGGAGGAGAAGGAAUUGAAACAGUUGCUAAGUGUGAAGAUUUAAUUGAGCUCCCGUGUCAAAGUGAGGAGGUCAAAAAUGUAAUAAAAGAUGCUAGCAACUUGGUUCAUGCAAGCAAAGAAAUUCUACAAGAAAGUGAAGACCAGAAAAGCAAACUAACAGAAAAAAGUGACAAGAAACAAGACAGCACUGAGAAAGGGGAAAGAAAGAAGGACAAAAAAGAAAAGGCUGACAAGAAGUCUGACUACACAAAGAAGAAUGAUGAUAACCUAAAAUCAAAGGAAGAAAAACAUGUGAAAGAGCGUGAGGCAGAAUCAGUAAAACAGUUGGUUCCAGAAAAGAACAAUAAACACAAGGCAGCAGAAAGCACAAAAGAAGAAUAUGCUAUGGAAGAUUCAGAUAUGGAGGUACUUAGUGAUAUCACUGUAAGCUCUGUCCAUACAAGUGACCUCUCUUCAUUUGAAGAAGAGAGUGAAGAAGAAGUGGUAGUUUCUGAUACCACUGAAGAAGGAGAGAUCACAUCUGAUGAUGAAGAAGAGAAGAACAAUCGGAGUAAGACAAAAACUCAAACUAAUGAGCCAAGUGAUGGAAAAACCAAACCAGUUCGUCAUGCUUAUAUUCACAAGCCUUUUUUAUAUUCCAAGUAUUACAGUGAUUCUGAUGAUGAGCGGACUGUAGAGCAACGCCGCCAGUCUAUUGCUAGAGAAAAAGAAGAGAGACUCUUAAGAAGGCAGAUUAACAGAGAGAGACUUGAAGAGAAACGUAAACAAAAAGCUGCAGAAAAAACCAAAUCACUGAAAACUGGGAGUCAAGAUGCUAAAGGCAAGAGUGGCUUGAACUCAGAAGAGUCUUCAGUCAAAGGUGUUGAAAUAAAAGCUACUGGCACCAGCAUUAAAGAUGUGCUUAAAGAACAGAAGUUUUUAGAGAAAAAGGUAGCCCUGAGCAGGAAAAGAAAAAGAGAUUCAAGGUAUGUGGAAAAUAGUUUGAAAAAACAGUCUGAAGAUGAUCCCAAAGAAACACAAAAGACAAAUGAGGCAUGCGAAAAAAUCUCAAAGGAGAUGAAACAUAACCAUGGUAAAAGUGAAGCAACUAAGCCUGUCAGAAGACUUUCGGAGUCAGUUCAUUCUACUGAGGAAAGCAAAAAUGACUCCAAAGUGGAAAAAGAACAUAAGAGAAAAAUAUCUACCUCUGUUCACAUGGAAGGCAUGCAGCAGGAAAAUGAAACAAAGGAUCCUAAAAAGCAGCUGGAUAGAACAGAUACUAGUGCUGAAGAAGUUCAGAAGCAGAAAUGCAUAUUUAAAAAUGAAAAACAUGUUAAAAAAGAUGAUGCAGAAACUCAAAAUUUGAAAAGUAUUACUAAGAAAGAGGUAAAGUCAAACCGAGAUAAAAAUGAAAAGGAGAGAACUCUUUCAGAAGAUAAGUUGUCAGUAAAACAUAAGUAUAAAGGAGACGGCAUACAUAAAGCAAACGAUGAUACUGAUCUUCAUUCUGUGGAGAAGAGCUUGAAAGGAGAGGAUAGUGUGCAGAAACAUAAUCAACUAACAAAGGUUUCUUCAGAUGAUAAAUCGGAAAGAAAAAGUAAACACAGAAGUGAAAGGAAAAUGUCAGCAGCUAGCAAAGAAGGAAAAAAUGCUUCUGAACACACCUUUAAGAAUGAUGAAAGUUUACGUAAAGAAAAUAACAAAAAAGACAGACACAUUUCUACAGAAAAAACAAAAUUAGAAUAUAAAUCCAAAAGAUUAUCAAGUGAUUCUAGACCACAGAAGGAUUCUCAAAGUACUUCAAGGCAACCUGCUUCUGCAUCACAGAGAAGGAGUGAAAGCUGUUCAGAAGAUAAACAUGAAGUGGAAUCAGCCAACUCUGACAGUAAUUUAAAACAAGAAGAUAAUAUUCAUAGAGAAAGACGGAGGUCCAAGAGUCUUGUAGAAGACAAGUUUUUGUUAAAAUCUAAAUCUAAAAGUCACAGUAAACAGUCUAAAAUACUUGAAACAGACUUGCAAGAGAGUUUUACAAAACAAGACAGCAUUCAGAAACCAGACAAAGAUAAGAAUAUAGACGAGAAUGAUGCAGAGAAGCAACGCAAAUCCAAAAAUGAAGAUAAAGUUUUUGAGGAAAGCAGUGUUCAGUCUGAACUUGAAAGUGGUGCGCACACAAUUUAUAAUUCACAAAAAGAAUCUAGUCAUAAAGUUAAAUUACAACCAGCUGAAAAAAUAGCUGUAAAAGAGAAAGCCAGAAGUGAUAAAGACUUGAGUUGCACCAAAUUAGAGAGGAAGUUCUCAAUGGAAGGUCACAAAAGCAGAAGCUUAAAGCAUAACAAUAAAGAAAUGAAGAAGGAAGAGAGUUCUAAAUUGGAGGACAAAGACAUUAAAGAAAUUGACAGUAGUCAUGAAAGAAUACUAGGGACCACAGUGGGUAUGGAUAAAAAGUCUAGUAAGAGGUUUUUAAGUGAGAACAAGAAAGGAAGCUUCUUGAUACAAGAAAUCACAACAAGAGAAGAAAAACAAGCAACAGACAUAUUUGUUACCAGCCCUAUUCCAGCCACUCAAUCAUCAGGUAGGACUAAUGAUGACUCAUAUUCUGAGCAAUGGGAAGUCCCAAUGGAGCUCGAUUCAGAACAAACAAAAGUACAUGCGGCCUCUAAAAUAGAAGAAAAAAGCAAUAAUUCACAAGACAGAGGCUUUGAAAAUGUUUUAAAAGAAAACAUGUCUGUUCACAUUUCAAAGAAUGAGUUAAGAAAAAAGUCUGUAGACUUUGAAGCAUGUGCAUCAGAACUUCCAGGUACAGCUAAUCGAAAUUCUGAAGAAACAAAUGAACGUGAAAACACCUGCACCUUUACUAAAGUAGAUGACGCCCUAGAUAAAGUGUCCAAACAAGUAUCUGAGGAUCAAGGCCCCAUUCAACAGGGAGCUUAUCAAAUAAACAUUUCUGAAAAAAGUGGUACAGUUUUACUUAAUGCUCCAGGUAAAGAGCAAACUUCAGAGAAUGUCAAAAAAUCAAAGAGUUUAAAAACCACGGUCAGUCCUGAUGAAGAAAAUGUUUCUUUAGUGAGUACCUCUUCCAGAUCAGAAGAUGCUUCCCAUACAAAAUCAGUAAAUAAUUAUUUACCAAGUUUUACUGGUUCCUUGGAUAGCACAUGUAAAAAUGAAUCUCCUAAUUUAGAUAAGCCUAUUUUAAAUAGAGGCACCAUUUUAGAUAAUGCAGCAACAGAAUACACGGGAAAAGGUGGUGGUACUGUGUUAAGUUCUUUCAUGAAAGAAGGUGGUGAGGUCACUGUGACAGACGUGGUAGAAAAAAAUGAAGAGAGUCCCCUAAUUAGUGAACAAUCAGGAGAGGACAAAAGUGGUUUAAUGGGUAUUAAAGAAGAUUAUGCUCAAGUAACUAAGCAAGAUGGAGUGCAAGGAAGAAAUGAGUGUAAAAUAACUGAUCUAGAAAGUGAUGAAAGUGUGACUGACAAAGCUGCCAAUCAUGGAAGUAUAACAACAAAAGAACUUGUCUUAGUGAAUUCAGAAAAGAAAGAAAGAAAGAGCUUACAUACAGGCUGCACUGCAAAAGAAGAAAAAGAACUUGGCAUGGAUGUUGUAAAAAAGAAUGAGGAACACGAUGGAGGUGCUGUGAUAGAAUCUUCUUCUGUAUUAGUGCCUACCAAUGUUACAAGAGAUCCAGAAGAUGCAUUUAAAGAUUCUAUUACAGCAAGUGGAACAGAAGAAGGGGAUGGCCUAAUAGUUGACGAUGAAUAUAAAAAUGAAAGCAAUGCAGUAGGCACCAGUGCAGGAACUAGUGAACACAGUAUGGCGUGUAACAAGCUAGAGACAACUGAAGCCACUGCAAUAGGAACCAGCACAGAGAAGACCAUUGAACAUACUAUAAUGGCUACCAGUACAGGAGAAAAGCAGGUUAAAGUUUGUCAUCUUGUACAUUCUGAAAAGGAAGGCAAUGCCACAACUACAUGCUCAGAAGAAGAAAGUAAGGUUACUGUAAUCUGCACAAGCAUAGAAGCAGAUGAAGGUUUCACAGCAGGCAUAUGGGUAAAAAGCAGUUUUGCUUCAGAAGCUGAUGUGGGUGAGUGUACUGUUGCCACAGCUGAAGAAGACGGUGGUGGUGUCACAGAAGGAUUUGCAGAAAGUGAAAGUGUCCUGACCAGUACAAAGGAGGAAGAAAGUGGUGAGUGCACCAUGAUUGAUGCAGAAGAAAUUGGUAAAGGCUCAGUUAAUGUAAGUGGAGUAGAAAUUGAGGACCAUGUGAACAGUGCUGGGGCAGAAGAAAAGGAUGAUGCUGUAACUAGUGCAGGCUCUGAAGAAAAACGCAAGGCUUCAACUUGUGUAGGUACAGGCAAGUUUGAAGGUUCUGUUACCUGUAUUGGUGAAAUAGAAAGUGAUGGUGCUGUAACCAGUGCAGGCGCAGAAGCAGGUGAAGAAUCCAGGAGCAGUGAAAAUUCAGAUGGAUUCCUAAGCAACAUGCCUAAAGCUGGCCAGGUGAAAGAAACUGAAGGUGCUGUGACUUGUACAGGUGCAGAAGAAAGAGGUCGUAACUUCAUAAUUUGCUCAGUGACUGAUGCUGAUGCCCAGGAAGAAAGUACUGUAACUGGUGCAUAUGUUGAAAUGGUCACAAAUAACAAUACCAAAAUUGGAACAAGGACCAACAAAUGUGAAGAUACUGUAAAUGGUGAAAGUGCAGUAACCAGCACGGGCAUAACAGCAGAAGAUGAUGCUGACGUUGCAGUAGUCUGCACAGGACUGGGAGAUAGCAGUGAAGGUUUUGCAGUUUGCUUGCAUGCAGAAAAAUGUGAAAGUGCCAUGGACAGCACAGGAGCAAAAGAUCCAAACAUCACUAUCAUCAGCAUAGGCUCUUGUGAUGAUGAAGGCUUUGUGACUAGCACAGGCUCAAAAGAAGAGGAUGAAGAAGGUGAAAAUAUUGUGACUAGUACAGGAAGGGGAAAUGAAGAAAUUGAGCAUGCUUCAACAUGUACAGGAAUGGAAGAGGAAAGUGCACUUAUUUGUAUCGGUGCAGAAGAAGGGGAAAGCUCUAUUAUCUGCAUAGUUGCAGAACGAGUAGAAGCUGAAUCAGGUGUAGCUGCCACAAAUGUAAAUAAAGUUGGUGUUGACAGCUUGACUGGUGCAGAGAAAGAAGCUAAUGGUGACUUGAUCUGCAAAAAUGUAAAAGGAAUAGUUGAGAGUAGUGUAACAAGUGCAGGCACAGUAGAUGAAGAUGUCAUGACUCCAAAUACAGAAAAAGGUAAGGAAGCUGUAGUCGUGGAUACUGAAGAAUCUAGGGGCCCCAUGACUAGUGCAGUGACAGAGAAAGAUAAGGAGCAGUUUGCUGCUGCUAAAGGAAAGGAGGAGACUGCAAUUAUUUGUGUAGGCAAUAGUGAUUUUGAGGGUCCCAUGACUACCUUGGUUGCAAAGGAAGAUGAAAAUCCUAUGCUUAUUUAUACUGACAAAGAAGAAAAAUCUAAAGAUGACAUCCAUUCUACAAGUACAGUGGAAGAAGGUGAUGCUACCUUACAGUGUUCAGUCACAGAAGUUGAGGAGGGUCCACUUUCUGCUGCAAGAACAGAUGGAAAUGAUGAGAGCUCUUUGAUCCUAAUAGACACUGAAGAAACAGAAGCACCAAUGCCCAGUACAGCCAUAGAUUUUAAAGGGAGUUUACACACUGCUAGCUGUAGACAAGAAAAAGAUGAGUGCACUAUGAUUUCCACAAGUAUAGUAGAAGAAUUUGAGGCUCCCAUGCCCAGCGCAGCUAGAGAAUGCAAUGGUCAAUUCACUGCUGCAAAGACAGAAGAAAUGAAUGAAAGUAAUGUAGUUUCUAUUGAUAUGGAAAUAUAUGAAGUCCCUAUGCCCAGUGCAUCCAGUGCUGAAGAUGAUUAUACAAGUCACCCAACUGGUAGUGGCAGAGAAGAAAAAGAUGAGUGUGCUAUGAUUUCAACAAGCAUAGUAGAAGAACAAGUGAUUCUCAUAUCCAGUGAAGUCACAGAAGAUAGAGUUGAACAUGUUGCCUCAGGUGGAGAAGCAAAAAAUGAAACGGUAAUGAUCCCCACAAGUUCAGCAGAAUGUUUCAAAUCUCAUGUGUCCAGUGCAGUCGCACAAGAUGAGGAUCAAUUCACUGCUUCAGGAGCAGAAGAAAGGUAUGAAACUGCAAUGAUCACUACUAGUAUGACAAAAGAAUGUGAAAUAGUUCUGAUCAGCACAGCCACACAACCUAAAAAUCCUCUUAUUGUAGCAAGAGCAGAAGAAAAACAUGAGACCACCAUUAUAUCUCCAAAUCCACCAGAGGAAUCUAAAAUUGUUGAGACCAGUACAACAACAGAUGAACAGUUUGAACUAGCUACUUUAGACCCAGGAGAGAAAAGUGAAAGUUCUGUGAUCUUCAUUGGAAAUGUAGAGGAAUGUGGGGCUCCUAUGAUCACUGUUGCCAGCAACAAUGAGGACUCAAACACUGCUUCAUGUGUAGAGAAUGCAAAAGAAAAUGCUGUAAUCACUCUGAGUGCAGUGGAAGAAUGUGACAGUCUCUUUACCUUUGCAGUCAUAGAAGAAAGUCAGCUUGAUGCUGCAAGCACAGAAAUAAAGGACAAAAAUGAUGCAACUUUUAAGAGUACCAGCCAGAUUGAUUAUAUCCUAUCAUCUACAGACUCAGAUAAAAGUGAUGGUUCUCUGCCUCUGGCUAAUGAAGAAGAUGAAAGUGUCCAUAGUGAGAAAAAGGAGAAGCAUGACAGUCCUGUGAUGGGAGAAUCAACGACAGCUAAGAGUACAGUAGUUACUGAAGUACUAGGAACUGCUGAGAAUACAGUGCAACUCCUGAGUAUAGGUAAAACCCUUUGCGUGGAGAUUACAGAAACUGCAGCCUGUGUUAGUCCAUCUGCAGAGGUGAGUACAGAUAGUGAAAGAACUGAAGAUGAUUUGCCAUAUGUAGAUGUUACAUCAGAACUUUCUUGUAUGUCUUCAGAAGCUGCAGUGGAUAAUGUAGACUACAAGGUUAAUACUAAUUUGCUGUCAGAAAGUGAUUUUUCAGAAAUAAGGACUCCACCAUAUAGGGAACAAACACUUUCAUUAUUGUCUGAAUUUGGAAGCACAUUGACUGUAAAUACCAGCCAUGGUGAAUUAUCUUUAGAGGCAAAACUGGGGAGAAAGAAUGACUUGCCUUUGUAUGUGGAUGAACAAUUUGUGAGUGGUGAUAAAAGAAACACUGUCAAAGUAGAUGAUGACCUUGGAUUUGAAGUUUCUUUUAAAAAAAAUACAACCCUUAAUUCAGGCAAUAAAACACCUGUAUCAAAUUUGUCUGAAGAACUGGAAUUCAAAACUGAGGUGAAAACUGAAGAGGUAUUUCUGGCAUGCGAAUUUAAAGGUUCAACAAGAGAAGAACCAUAUGAGGAGCCACUUACUAAAGAGUGUCAAAAAGAUUUGCUACAAGAUAAUGCUGCUUUGGAGAAGGAUUCUAAAAAUGUGGAAAACUCUGGUGUGCAAACAGCUGAACAUAGCUACAAAGAAAAAAUAUCUAAGCUUUUGGAAACUACCGAUAAAGGAAGUGUACAGGAAUCUUCAGAUUUUAUGGGCAUGAUGGAAACAAUAAAAAUCAAGACUAAAACACAAUCACAAGUGAUAGAAAUACCUGGUCAGGAAAAAGGAAUCAGAAUGUCAGAAAUGAGAAAAAAACAAGAGGGUGAAACAGAUGACUGUUCAGUUACUCAGGCUUGGGAAGAAGAUGAACAAAGUCAGUGCUCCAAAACCAAACCAAAGUCUGUUGAGGAAACUAAUUCUGGAGAUACAGCAGAAGUAUCCAAAGUAAUCAGCAAGAAACGCGCAUCUCUUUCAAGCAGCGGGGAAGAAAUAGAUGAAUUUACCAGCAAACAAGAGAUUUAUGAAAAGGCAAACCAGAGUUCGGAAUCUAAUAUAAAUUCAGUAGAGCAAAAUCAACCUGCAAUAGUUAAACGGAAAAGAGGACGGCCUCGUAAAUACCCUCUUGAAGCAGUACAGCCAGAUGCAAAUUUAAAAGUUGAUAAAAGCAUUGGGAAUUCUCCAACUUCUGCACUUGAAGAAAACACUCCUCAAACAGCCAAGGACUUGUCAAUUCAGAAAGAAACUGCAAAUGAGGAGGAAGCAGGUAAAACAGAGGUGAUGGUGCGUCGAAGAGGAAGAAAGCCCAAACGUUCUCCGAUUCCGGCAGAGGAAACUGAAACACUGGAGCCAGAAAGAAAACGUCGGAAGUCAGCAUCUACUACUGAAGAGGAAACAAAAGAUCAGGAGGAAGAUGAAGAUGAAGAUGGUGAUGAAGAUGAUGAAGCACAUUCCGGAGCCACAACUAGAUCAGCCACAAGACUAGAGGCUCAAAGAAAACAGCCUAGCAAGCCAACUACACGUGCAGCUUUUAAAGGCAACAGCCCAAGUCCAGUUUCUCCCAGCAAACACCAGAAGUUGUCAGCCAAAAAGAGGUCACUUAGUGAUAUAAAAGUUAGCAAAUCUCCUCCAUUGACACAGUUAAAGAUGCAGCCUACCAAGCGCAAAAGGGAAACCAGUCCAACAGUGGUACGCAGAAAAGGCCAGCAGAAACCUGAUGAAACACCACUUAAAAAAGCAAAGCGAUAAUCAUUACCAGCCAAUGCCAUUCAUUGAAAAAUUGCAAGAAAAGAAAGAGAUCUCUGCUUCUAUUUUUAUUUAAGCAAAGAGAUUUGCAUGUGCUUGUUUCAGAGCUCUAAGUUAAUAGAUGCAGAACUUUUUAAGUUACAUUUUAAACAGCUUUAUAAACUAUUGUUUAUACAGAAUAUUAUGUACAUUUAUUUCAGAUAUAAAAAUAAGUUUACUUUGUAUCUGAAUGAAAAACAAAGUAGUUAUAUAUUUUAACACUGACUUGGAAAGUUGGGGUUUCCCAAUGUGAUGUGCUAAUACAGAUGCUUCCAACCCACCAGGCACCAAGGAGCCUACUAAUAUUCUUUGUAAAUAAACUUGUAAAAUAGGUUGUAUUUUACUCUGUGUAUGAAUCUAAUCAAUGAUGAGCAUCUUAUUUAUUGUAUGGAGAGGACUGGUCUGUAAACUUUUAGUAUAUACUGUAGGGGUUUUUUUUAAUUAUAUAUUUUAAAGCCUCUGCAGCCAUGAGUAGGAAGGAGCUUUUUUCAGGGCUGUCUAAAACCUGAAAUUCUCUGAAAUAUGUUCAGACAGUUGGCAAAGUAUUCUCUCGCAUGUAUUAAAGUAGAUUAGUGUAAUGAAGGGGACUCCUGUUCCUUUCUGUUCACAGUUGUGACUGCAUAAAAUUUUAAAAAUGUAAUCUUUUUAGAUUAUAUUCUCAUCUGUGAUUUUUUUUUUUACAGCCAACCUCAAAGAAGUAAAUAGUUCUAGUUUUAGGUUUACUUGGACUACUUCAGCCAAAACUGCUCUGAAGUAAACUGUUUUAUUUACAACUUUAACAACUGUUCUUUCAGUGUUUGUCUUUUUCCAUGAAGAGGGACCCAUUGAAGUUAAUGUCAGUUCUAGCAAGUAUAGAGCUUCAGCAUUUAUGUUACAUUUUAUACACAGGUAUUAAAAAUAGAACCUGGUAUUAUUGCCAGAAUCUUUUUUUAACAUAUUUAAUUCCCUUAAGAGCAAAUGUUCAAGUUAAGUUGUACAUAAAGUUAAACUUUUUCUUAUGAUCAAAUUUGUCUUGUAAUGAUGUGAGUUGCCAAAUAAUCUGAGAUUAUUUUAAGUGUUUUGUUCAUAUUAUGUUUUAUAAUUAAAAUCGGCAUUCUGUGCUUUGAGGGUUUUUUCUUUUGUUCUUUUUUUGACUUGUUGUAAGGCAGAUACAUCUGUCAGAUAUUAUACUUUGUUUCUUACUGAGAUUUUAUAUGAAAAAUAUAAAAUGUUUCCCAAAACCUGA